CUCCACGGGCUACACGUCCGUUAGCUAAAUUUGUCCGACUCCAUGUUAGCAGCAACACGGAGAGCAGCGUGCUUGUUACUGCAAGCCAAAGAUUUGAUAGAAAGCAGAGCUUUAACGGGAAUACGAAGACAUACAAGAACGUCACAGAGAAGCAUGUCAGGUGCUUUAAUCCAGAGGAUAAAGGAGCUGGAAAAUGAGCUGGAGACGCUCAGGUCCCAGCUGGAGGAAAACACUGAAGCUGGAGAAGACAUGGGAGGUAAGUCCUGUUCACCUCCCAGUGAUGAGAACACCAGGAGCAGCAAGAAGAAGUCAGGCAAAGAGCGCCCCUUUGACUUCGGCUCACAUCCCCGGCGCCAUGUGGCUCUGAAGCUGGCUUACCUUGGCUGGGCCUACCAGGGCUUUGCUGUUCAGGAGAACACAGACAACACGGUGGAGGCCAGGAUGUUCGAAGCGUUGCUGAAGACACGGCUGAUUCAGGAGCGACAGAGCUCCAACUAUCACCGCUGUGGUCGAACUGAUAAAGGAGUCAGUGCUUUCUCUCAAGUUAUAACCAUUGACCUGCGCUCCUCCCAGUUUUGUGGAGGUCCUGGCGUCAGUCUCCCUGAACACCUUGAUCCCAGCGCCAAGGCGAAAGCGUCCACCUCUGAGCUUCCUUACGUCAAAAUGCUGAACAGGGUCUUGCCGCAGGACAUUCGAAUCUUGGACUGGGCUCCCGCAGAGCAAGGCUUCAGUGCGCGCUUCGACUGCCAGUCCCGCACGUACCGCUACUACUUCCCCCGGGGUUCCCUGGAUGUGGAGCUGAUGGCGAACGCUGCCAAAAGGUACGAGGGGACUCAUGACUUUCGCAACUUGUGCAAAAUGGACGUGGGGAACGGGGUCCUGCAGUUUGAGAGGACCAUUCUGUCGGCCUCGAUCGAGCCUGUGCGACCCCAGCAGGUUUCCAGCACGGAGCAGUACGAUCUGUUUGUUUUCGAGAUCAAAGGGUUGGCCUUCCUUUACCACCAGGUACGUUGUAUGAUGGCGGUGCUUCUUUUGAUAGGACAGAAGCUGGAAGCUCCAGAGAUAAUCAAUGAACUCCUGGAUGUUAAGAAUAACCCCAGAAAGCCUCAGUACAGCAUGGCGGUGGACUACCCUCUGGUGCUGUACGACUGCCACUUUGAAGGCUUGAACUGGCAGCAGGAGACGGAAGAAGUCAACCACGUCCUGUCGUCGCUGCAGCGGCACUGGACGCAGAGCGCCGUCAAGGCCCACGUUCUGCUGGGGAUGAUCCGGGGUUUGGAGGAGAGGGGUGGUGUUUCUUCCAACCAUUGCUGGCUGGUGGAAGGCAGCAGGCAGAAAAAUUACAGACCGUUGCUGGAGCGUCCAUGCUGCGAGAGCCUGGAGUCCCGGAUAAACCACUUUGUUAAAAGAGGACGACUGGAGCGAGAGGAAGGGGAGAACGGGGAUGAAACGAUCCACAGAGGGAAAAAAUCCAAGCGCUCCCACGAUGCGUGUGCUCCGUCUGUUUCCUCUGAGAUUCCAAAACAAAGCCUCAGUACGAAAGGAGAGGAUUAACUUUUGAUUUUCCUGGACAUUAAACUGACUUAGAGGAUUUAAUUUUGUCACUUUUUGGAAAGCAAAGCAUUUUUUUUAUUUUGUUUCCUUUUCAGGAAACGCAUCAUUUCAUUUUUCCUUGUUUUAAUUUGUACAAG